AUGACAGAACCAUUUCCCUUCCUGCAACUGCCGGCCGAGCUCCGAGAGUCUGUCUACGAGUAUCUCGUCGACGAAGGGUAUGGACCUACACGAAGGAGGGACAUCUACGCACGCCGCGGCUUCAUCAACUACACCCUCGCCACAGGUCGUAGAGCAGCUUAUCAACGCGUGUACGACCACUUCCGGGUGCUACUUCGCAAGAUCUUGCGGCCAAAGACGCUGGCGAUACCGCAGGCCUCCAGAGUCCCCACACGAAAUAGCAUCAUGCUCGUCAACCGUCAGCUUUACGACGAGUUCAUGACGGUUCUGUGCAGACAAGCUACUUUCAAUCUCCCCAUCGACAACAGGAGUGAUAAGUAUGACAGACUCUGGCCCCUCUCACCGAGCACGAUGCAGUCGAUCCAAAAAUGCAACUUGCAUAUCGUCGCUACAUCGAGGAUGCUAGGCGGGAGAGACCCUCGUAUUGCGCCAACAGACUCGGCACUGCGCGAUAAGGUUGCUAGGAACCUCAAGGAGAUGGAGAGCAUCAGAGAUCUCAGGCUUCAAGUUCAGGCCAUCGGUGACCCCCUUUGGAAUCCUCUGUGGGUUUGGUACCACACCACUCAGUUAUUCAAAGAUAUGGAAGAGCCCCGGUUUCAAGGCAUCUCCUUCCAUCUUGACUCGUGGAGCCCUGGCGAAAAUCGACUCGUGAGGGAUAAAGAGGGACAGUGGGAGUGGAGGUGUCCUGCGGAUCACCUCAUUACCAAAGAUAGCGGCAAGAAGCAGGCUAUCCGCGAAUUCUGCGCGACGCUGUAUGCCGAGUGCCAGAGCUGCGAGCGCAAAUGA